AACGACGCGUGGUGAAUUCGAAGCAUCGCCACGAAGUCCGGACAACGGUUGAGGCUAAGUUGACACGUAAGGUCUUGGAAACACGUGUCGUCACUCCUUCCUGAGACCCCUUCUCAUUCACCGUUCACCCGCUCUCUUUUCGCUCUCUCUUCAACUCUUAACUGCCAUCCGCAUUCUUCUUCCAUCUCAAACAUCUCCCAGUUCCAGUGAGUUUGUGAAGGAUUGAAGUGAAAAGGAAAAGGGAAGGAAGAUGAGCAGUAAUCUAGAAACUCGAUCUCUUCUGGACGAGCUUCGUGAUUUCGACAAAGGCGGCUUCUUCGACCUCGGCCAUCCUCUCCUCAACCGCUUCGCUGAGAGCUUCGUCAAAGCCGCAGGGAUUGGAGCCAUUCAGGCUGUGUCCCGCGAGGCUUAUUUCACCGCCAUUGAAGGCUCUGGGCUCGAAUCCCCUGGUGGUGUGACAGAGGUCACAGUUGGUGGCAAAAAACAACGUUUUCCGGAUCUCAAAGGAGAAAGCAGCAGAAAAUCUCUUGAAGCCCUGGUGAAGAGCACAGGAAAAGAAUCUCUUCAAUGGGGACUAGCAGCAGGAAUGUAUUCAGGUCUCACCUAUGGUCUAAAGGAGGCUCGUGGUGCUCAUGAUUGGAAAAACAGUGCAGUAGCAGGAGCAGUUACAGGUGUGGCGCUGGCUCUUACAUCCAACGACACUUCCCAUGAACAGAUUGUUCAAUGUGCCAUCACUGGAGCCGCCAUCUCCACUGCUGCUAAUCUCCUUACAGGGAUAUUCUAAGUCGGUAAUGCAGUGAGAGAAACUUUUGUCUUCUGUCCAUCUAGAUGUAUGAACUACCUAGUACUCGCCUAAGUAAAUGUUGAUUAUUAGGUUUGUCUUCUGCACUGGAUUCUGAAGAAACAUGUAGUUUCCACUUUUCUUGGGAUCAUAUUUGGUUUAACCUAAAAAGUAAUUUGUGAAUGAUGUCCGAUGGCAAUACGAGAGCGGAACUAGUUUUAUGUUGGAAA